GCGCUUUCCCGCGGAGCAGCCUCGGCGAGUGAGCGAGCGGGCGAACCAGCGAGCUAGAGAGCGGGCGCAGAGAGCGGCUCCCAAACUUUUCCGGGCGGCUCGCGGCUCGCGGCUCGCCGGGGAACGUGGCCGUGGGCGGCUGCCCGGCCGGGAGACGCCUUGGGGAGGGCACGCUCGCCCCGGGCAGGGGAGGGCAGGGCAGGGCAGGGCAGGGCACAGCUCACAGAGGCGCCAGCGCAGCUGGACCAGUCGGCACGCUGGGCCAGGCCGGGAGAGCCUCCUGUGCCGCCGCCGCAGCAGCUGCGGGCCGUCCGGCCGUCGGGCCGUCCCUGCCGCCGCCGCCGCCGCCGGCCCGUGGAGCCGCCGCCGCCGCAGCCGAGGCAGGCCGCUGCCGCUGCCGCUGCUGCCUGCGUCGCCGCUACCGCCGCCUCCCACCGCCCGCGACCAUGUGGCACUUCUCCGCCUCGGCCAUAGCGCCCUACUCCACCAACUUUCUGCUGGUGCCCAUCCCCGAGUGCCCCGGGCCCGUCUGCCCGCCCCCCGGCAAGGCCAUCAAGAUCGUGGUGCUGGGGGCCAGCGGCGUCGGCAAGACUGCCCUGGUGGUCCGGUUCCUCACCAAGAGGUUUAUUGGCGACUAUGAGGCGAACACCGGUUCCUUGUAUUCUCGUCAGUUCACCCUUGAUGGAGAGGAAAUCUCUCUCCAGGUUCAGGACACCCCCUAUGUGGCCCUGGAGGGAAACAGCGAGGUCGUUGUCUGCCAGGAGCAGGUGAACCGCUCCAUCUAUUGGGCCGAUGGCUUCGUGUGCGUCUACUCCAUCACUGAUCUCGCUAGCUACCGCAUCAUCCGGCCCCUCUACCAGCACAUCCGCAAGAUUCACCCCAAUGCCAACAUCCCCCUGCUGCUGCUGGGUAACAAGGGUGAUCUGCUUAGGGCCCGCCAAGUGUCCUCGGAAGAGGGGGAGCAGCUGGCCGGAGAGCUAGGUGGCAGCUACUCGGAGGUGUCCGCCCGGGAGAAUUUCGACAGCGUGAACGAUGCUUUCCAGCAGCUGUGCCAGCUGGUGGGCCGCAUCGGGGGCGGGGGCAGCGGCCCCAGUGUGGGCCCUGGCGCUAAUGCCAAUGCCGGGAUCGGUGCCUGCAGCAGUGUCUGUGUGGAAAAGCGCAGAGGUCUCCACCUGGCCCGCCCCAAGUCCCCCAACAUGCAAGACCUGAAGCGGCGCCUGAAGCAGGCCCUCUCCUCCAAGAGCAGGUCUGCCACUGCCCCUGCCCCAGCCAACAACAUCUGAAAAAGGGCAGGUGUGGGAGGGGGAGCCCAGCUAGAAGACCCCUGGCUAUUUAUGGUUCUGUUUUGUGUUACUGACCUUGUGGGUUUGUGGUUGUGGUGUGGUGUGCCCUUGCAUGUGUUUUUGUGUUCAUUUUGGGAGUGAAUCAAGGGCCCGAAGGAGAGAGCCCAGCCCAGCCCGUCAAAUGCCCAUGGGCCAUGACACCGGAGCCCUCAGAUUGGGUAAGACAGGGCAGGGACCAGAGGGCUUGGAGGGAGACCAGCUUCCCUUUCUGAUCAGUGAGAGAUCCCAGGCCUCACAAGAACCCUGUGAGGUGGGGCCUGUAAGCAUUCUUCUUCUCAUUUGACAGAAGUGGAAACUGAGGCUGAGCUAAGACUUCAAAUCGGGUCUUUUAACUCCAAGUACAGUGCUCUCUUCACUACAUCCCAACUGCCCCAUCCAUGUCCUAGGGAACAUCAAUUGGCUUUAGGAGACACCCCAGGCCUCCCUUUGCCCUAGUACUGGAGCAGAGGCCAGGCAAGCAUUACUGACUGGGAGGGUUCCCUAGGGUGGGGGGCAUCCAUCCCUCAUUGUUCUUCAGCAAGUAGAAUGUAAGCUCCUCGAGAGCAGAGGUCAUCUCGCUUUUGUAUCUGUGUUCCCAGUGCCCGGCACCUAAGUGGUGCUUAAUAAAUGUUUGUUCAUUGA